AGAUAAGGUCGAGAGGCAAGUCCAGAACACUCGAUAUCCUUUUAAAAGGCAGCUGCCAAAGACGAGGGCAACAGUCUCACCUGCUGAGCCUCGUCAAACUUCAGUCAUGGCCGCCAAGUCCACUGUGUUCGCCUUGGCCCUUGCUGCCUGCCUCGUCAUGGCCACUGCCCUGUCUGCCUGCGACAGCUCGGCUAUAGACAACCUCGAAAAGCAGAUCGAGAUUUGCGCGAGGAACGUUCCAGCCGAGAGGUACGCGGACCCAAAAUGGCUGUGCGCGCGGUACGUCUCCAGGCAGUUCGACAAGAAGAGGGCCAGCUGCGACAUCAGCGAGGCUCCCGAGUAUCUGGAGUACUGCUUGGGCGGCUACGCCAGUGAAGAGUACGUCUCCUUUGCUGUGGACUGCCUCAAGAACGCCAUGAGUGCCGACAUCUGCUGUUAAGGGACUGUGAAUGCUUCCCCGAAGCGAACAAAAUAAACCUGACCGUCCGAUUCCGCUCAGAAAUCUAUUCUACA